AGCCAGUAAAGAUCAGCCCAUACCGUUCAGUAUUGGCCUCAAUUGCUAGUUGAAGGCUCGCUCUCAUCCUGCCGAUCUGACCGCAUACAUCUUCAACCCAGUCCCGAACCCCUUCUUUCAGAAGCUCUCGUGCUACCUCCUUGACCAAAGGGAUGACUUGGCUCUCCAAGCGGUCCACACAGAUGCCCAAGCGGACAUGGUCACCUUCCUCCUGGCGAAGUAGUGUCGUAAUGUGGUCGCAGAGGUUAGAGAUUCGAGGAUGAGCAGCAUGGACAUUGUUCGACCAUACCCUCUGACCACUAGCUGGGUUCACUGGGAGCUGAGGGAUGGUGGCCAUACCAGCGACGCGAUGCAGACAAUCAGAUGUGCGCGAACCAGCACCAGUUGUUUGCGCGUGUUAUCAGCAUUGUCGUCGCAAGGCCCCCAGUCAAUUGUGAGAUGCUAUUAGGACCAGCAUGUGGUGGGAGGGAUCGUGCUAACUACGCAAACCACCAUCGUAAAUGACGCGCCGGCAGCGCUGCUCUGCUGCUCCGCCUCGAGCGGGUCACUGCACUGCCACCUAUCGUGCUUCUCGUGAUGCAGCAGGGCGACUCGCCACUCGAUUCGAACUUGUAGACAACCAUGUGGAGCACUAGCAGACCGCGGUGUUCAACUUACCACACUUGGACUGUCGCCGAUACCGGACGAGGUGCUAGAGUUUGGCAUCCCGCGACCGCGCUUCUCCAUAAGUUGCGAUGCUCGGGAACGACUCUUGCCUGCGGAGUCGGUGUGAACAUGAAUGCUGGUCUCACUGCUGCGCGGAUGCCGCCUGCGUACCUUGGCAUCUGCAAGGAUGGUUCAUUCUUCCAGGACGAGCUGCAGGCACAUACACGGU